CCGGGCACCGCGGCCAUCGCCCCCACGACGACGCUCGGCCCCGCCUCGACGAAUAUCGCGGCCUGCCAGGUGUGCGUGCCGGUUGUUGUCAACGAAGAUUCUUGUACCCCGAUCCCGAACUGCACCCCACAAGGGGCCGUGGCGACCGUCUCCAUCGGCUCGUCGCCCGUCAAUGUCGGCACACUGACAGGGACCGCGCUAUACACAUCCACCACAGCUCUAACGCAAUGUAGCGGCAGUGCGACUGUACCCAACAUCGCCUACGCUUCGGGCGACGACUUAGCCACCGACGGCGAACUGCUCGUUACUGCCGAUAUCAGCGGGUACAAUACUACUCAGCUCCGUGACGCUCUUAUUGUCUCGCUGGCGACCUCUGCCCAGCAGGCCGCCACAGGAUCCAACUGCUAUGUGCCAGAGGGCAGCGCGGGGGUAGGCAGUCCCGCUCCCAACCCGAAGGACACUUUCUGCAACAGCGCCUGGUUCUACGAGGCCAACUAUUUCAACCCUUGGUGGCGCCAGGCGGCCUACCCCGGCCCAACGGACUUCAUCCAUGCUACGAUCGAGUUCCACACGGCGCCUCAAUCCAUCCUCCAAUUUGUGUGCGACUUCAUCGACAUAGCCAUUGAUGCCCUUGCCCUCGUCGAACCCGAGUUUAUUGUUGAGGAUGCAGAGCUCGAAGAAGGUAUCAAUCUUAUUUGCCAGACCAAUGAAGGGAAAGAAAGCUCGGCAAGUACUGCAAGCGGUUCGAACCCUGACGGGACUACUUAG